AUGGUCAUUGUAGAUAACAUUCAUCUAAAGAGUAAGUAUAAGGGAACAAUGAUAGUUGGUGUUGUAAUGGAUGGUUAUAACCAACAGUACCCAUUAGCAUAUGCAAUUGUUGAUAGUGAGAAUGACCAAGCCCUGAAGUGGUUCAUGACGAACCUUAAAACAGCAAUUGAAGAAUGUCCUAACCUCGUAUUCGUCCCAUAUCGUGGACAGAGUAUAGCUAAUGUUGUUGAUAUCGUAUUCCUUAAUUCUUACCACGGACUUUGUACCUUCCAUUUGAAAAGAAACAUGGAGAAAUACUUCAAAGACGAGGCCAUUAGAAAAUUGUUUCACGAUGCUUGUAGAGUGUAUCGAAAAUUGGAGUUCAAGCAUCAUUGGGUCCAAAUAGUGAACUACAAGAAUGGUUCCCUUGCUAGAUACUUAGAGGAUGCUGGUAUUCAACAGUGGGCACGGUGUUAUCAGUCCGAAAAUCGAUAUGAUAAUAUGACCAGUAAUAGUGUCGAAUGUUUCAAUGCUUUUACCAAAGAACCAAGAGUGUUACCAAUAACUUUGUUGCUAGAAUACACAAGAGGUCUACUUCAAGGUUGGUUUCAUGAUCGGCAAAUAGUAUGGUCUAAUAGUACAUCGCCACACCCAAUCUCUGCGGAGGAAAUAAUGGGUUUAGAGUGUGAAAAAUCUAGGCAAUGUCGAGUAAACCCAAUCGAUUGUUAUAGAUUUCAUGUUAAGGACGGUAGAUUAGAUGGUAUAAUCAGCCUUAACACUCGAGAAUGUAGUUGCAAGCAAUUUCAGUGUUUGGAGAUUUCAUGUUCGCAUGCUAUUGUUGCAGCUAGAGAGCGCAAUAUUAACCCGUUUACUCUAUGCAGCAAAUUUUAUAGUGUUGAUUCCCUAGUAAUAGCAUAUGCGGAAUCAAUAAACCCACUUGGUCAUGUAUCCGAAUGGAAAAAGCCACCAGGGUAUACUGAGGUAAAAAUAUUCCACCGAAAAGAGUGGUACAUGUUGGUAGACAAAGGGUAA